CCAGAGGCAGAGAAAACAACAAAGUGAUGAAAUGCACUGACACGGGCUGUGGAAGCUUAGGCAUUAGGUUUAACUGAACAGUUAGAUUCUUAAUAACUACAUUUAAAGAAAAUGGCAGAAGCAUCAAGUGUCGAUUCCAAAAAUUUAUGCAGGUAUUUUUUGCAUGGCGUAUGUAGACGGGGUGCAAACUGUCAUUUCUCCCAUGACCGCCAGAGUCCAAUGGACAAUGUGUGCAAAUUCUAUCUGCUUGGCUGUUGUUCCUAUGAAAACAGAUGCAGGUAUGACCAUAUACGUCCAAAGGAGACUUCAAAACCAAAACAUAUACAAGCUCCAGUGGUAUCAAAAGGCCAUGUUCUGAAGGUUCAAAUGCCCCCUCCUAUAUGCAACUCAAGCUGUGAAAAUGGAAUGGUCUCGUUGAAGAAGGUUUCAAGUAAGGACAACACAACACCCACAACACCAAAGCCUCCAGAAGAAUGGGUUAAAGCUGCUGAGUUCAUUCCUGGUCAGCGGUUCCAGUGUUUAUCAGUUCCCAGCUCCUAUGCUCAUGCAGCGUCCAACGGUAUGGCUGAUAUCGGUUCCCUGGUCAUCAACGAGGCCUGUUCGGACCAGUUACUGUGUCCGUUCUCCAGUAACCAGGACUGCCCGUACGGUGAAGACUGCGUGUAUAUCCAUGGCAAUGUCUGUGACCUCUGUGGACUGGCGGUUCUCAUGCCAGGUGAUGAUAAACAGAAUGAGCAACAUAGAACGGAAUGUGUCCGCCAGCACGAACGCGACAUGGAGGUGUCAUUUGCGGUGGCGCGUAGCAAGGACAAGCAGUGUGGUAUCUGCAUGGAUACAGUGCUUGAUAAGGAGCCGUCCACAGAGCGCAGGUUUGGGAUCCUCUCCGACUGCGCCCACUGCUUCUGUCUCGCCUGUAUACGCACAUGGAGGGCCUCCAAGCAGUUUGACAGCAAAACUAUCAGGUCAUGUCCGGAGUGCAGGGUGCAGUCAGACUUUGUGACGCCAAGUGCUUACUGGGUGGAUACCAAAGAAGAAAAAAUUAGUCUCAUACAAGGCUAUAAGGAGGCACUAGGCAAAAAACCAUGCAAGUAUUUUGACGAGGGCCGAGGCGACUGUCCCUUCAAUGACCGCUGCUUCUAUCUACACAUGAACCCCGACGGCACCAAGGCGGCGCCGAGACCCUACCGGCGUCGACGGAGACGUAACGCGGAGGGGGAGGAGGGGCUAGAGGAACGGGUGACGUUCUGGGACUUCUUCAAUGAGCGACAAGAGCGCCUACAGGGCCUCUUAGCUAUGCUCGAGGAUGAUAUAGCGAGUCUGCUGUUGAACCUGAAUUUCUUCUCGGACUCGGACUUAAGUGACGACGACCUUGAUGACGAUUGGUUGUUUUGAUGUCUUGUGUAUUCAUAGGGGGCAAGACAGUGAAGUUAAAUGUACAGGGUAGCUCUGAGUGCUGAUGGUUUUGGCAAUGAUUAGUUGGAAAAUGUGGAAAAUGUUUUUCAUUGGUUUGAAAAUUUAUUUAUUUGCAAAUUUGGAAUUAUUUAAUAGUUGGUUGCAACUUUAUUUAUUGAAAAAUGUGGAGUAUGUAUAUAGUAGAUUGCAAAUUUAUUUAAAUUUAUGUUAAAGAUUUAUGUGUAUAUGUUAAACAAUAAUAUUAUAUCAAGUUAUAUUUGAUAUAAUUUUUUAGAGCACAAUGUGUUCAUUAAGUACCUCGUGUGAUAUUUGUGUUUUUCAAAUGUGAUAGUCAAUGGUGAAAAAUUAAAUGUAAAUAAUUCUCAGUUUAAUGCAUUUGCUUUAGCAAAACCUUUUUGUAGACUUCAGUCAUACUACCUUAGCAGUUUUGUAUGCUCCCCAAUAUUUCAAUUGUUAUCAAUAGCUUCGCCAAGUGUUUGUUCACUGAAAAUUAAAUGAGCCUUGUUCUGAGAAAACUGGGCUUAAUGCAUGUAUGUAAAGUGUCGUCCCAGAAUAGCUUGUGCAGUCCACAAGGGCUAACCCGGGACGACACUUCCCCCUUGAAUGGAUUUUUUGUUUAAAGGAAGUCUCUUCUAAACAAAUAUCCAGUUUAGGCAGAAAGUGUUAAACCUGAUGCCUGCCAUACCUGUGUGGAGUGCACAGGCUUAUCUUGAAACACUUAAUUCACAUGCAUUAAGUCCUGUUUUCCCGUAUUGUUGUCUUUAUUCUGUGAUAGCUGCCUAUUGCUGUUAAUUUGCAUGCACUAUGUGUUACUAUAGUUUCCAUAAUAUGUUGAUCUCCUUUGUUUUCAAUGUUAACAUGCAUUGUAUUGUAUCGUCAAUUACUUUUUUGAGCCCUUCUUUGGGAAAACUUGGCUUACUGCCAAUUUGCAAAGUGUGCAGUCCACAAAAAACACUUUCCACCUAGUCUGUAUUUUUGCUGAAAAGAGACUUCCUUUAAACAAAAUAGUCCAUAAAAGUAGAAAGUGUCGUCCCAGAUUAGCCUGUCAAUAUGUAUUUCCAACAAACCAUCAAGCAGCCCUCUUCCAUUCAUUUUUAGCUCCACUGGCCAGAGGCCAGCGGGGCUUAUGUCAUGGUCCUGUGUCCAUCGUGUGUGCGUCUGUGCGUGCGUGCGUUAACUUUUUCUUUAAACAUCUUCUUCUCCUAAACUACAAGUCCAAUUCUGAUAAAACUUCUCACAAAUGUUCCUGGGGUGAAUCUCUUUCAAAUUUGUUCAAAUUAUGCCCCUGGGGUCAAAUUUGACCCUGCCCUGGGGGGUAAAAAAUUGAAAAUUUGCUUAUUUAAGGCCUAUUUUGUGAAAACUUUCAAAAUCUUUUCGUCCAUAACCAUUGGGCCUAGGGCUAUCAAAUUUGGUAUGUAGAGACAUCUAAUAGUCCUCUACCAAAUUUCUUCAAAUUAUGCCCCUGGGGUCAAAUUUGACCCUGCCCCAAGGGGUCACAAAAUUGAACAUAUGCUUAUAUAAAGCCUAUUUUGUGCAAACUUUAAAAAUCUUUUUGUCCAUAACCGUAGGGCCUAGUGCUACCAAAUUCGGUAUGUAGUGACAACUAAUAGUUCUCUACUUAGUUUGUUUAAAUUAUGCCCCUGGGGUCAAAUUUGACCCUGCCCCAGAGGUCACAAAAAUGAACAUACGCUUAAUAUAUCCGCGGCCCGCGAAAUCUCUCCGCAUUUUACACUGGUAGAUUCUGCCUUAGCAUUUUUAAAACGAGCGAUAUAAUCGGCUGUCGUUUUCCAAUUUUCCAAUUAAAAUUGGUGUCUUAAAAUGUGGUAUUUCGUAUGCAAAUGGCGCCAUUGUGAAGCGAAAAUUAAGAUUAUUGAAAUGACAAAUAGCAAUCGAAUUAACUGAUGACAUCAUAUAGUUUGAUAGGAAUAAUGAAAUGUGUUUGUCAACGAAAAAGACUACGUUUUAGAUACAAGAAACACAUUUUUUGUUUAGAAAUGUGCACAGUGAAUUUUUGUCAUGGAAACCAGUGUUUCUGUUGGCAAAUUGGAGUUCAGUCUACUCGCGAAGUAAAAGAAUUUAGAAGAGGAUCUUUUGAACAUGGAAAUAGACAAACAUGAUUUGAUUUAUAUGAAAGUGGAUCUGUGUAUAAUCAGAUUCAUAUGCAUAUUCUGCUUUAUUAUGUUUGUCACGCUCUUCAGUUAAUUGAAAUAGCCUUGAACUAAAGAUGUGAAGUGCAAGAUAUUAAAAGGUAAACAAAUUAAAUAUAUUAAUUUAACUCAGUUUUAUACAUCAUUAACACAAGAAGAACACUCAAGUGUGUUUAUUUAUAUUUAGUCUAUUAACCUUGUUUGUAUAUAACAUUUUAUUUAAAAAAAUUGUAUUGUUUUGUUUGUUUUCUCCAAAUGGUUAGUAUUAUUCUUUUAUGUUAACAUUCUCAAAAUUCUUGUUUUAUUAUAUUUAUCCAAAAAAAAAUUGAAUGACCUCACUUUAUGAUUUAUAAACAGAUUGCAAAAAAUAUUUGUUCAAGAUAAACUUAACAACAAAUUGUUACAUUGAAAUUAAGUGAUUUUAAUAUUCAGUAGCAAAAAAGUAAGGAAAAUCCAACUUAAAAAUCUAUUAAAGUAUAUUCUACCGAUGCAGUGAACAAUCCCCUUGUUUAUAACAUGACUGCCUCUAAGUCUAUUAAUAGCAACCUAUCAGAGAAUAGGUCAGAUACCUUAUUUCAAUAUAUGGCAAUCCUAGUAUUUUUAAAAAAAAAACAUGACAGGUAACCAACGUCAGAUGAAAAAAGUAAAGGAAAGUAAGGUCAAGCUAAUUGUUUGUCAUGAUAUCUCUUUAAACCUCACGCAAUAUGCAAGUAGUGUUGCCAUGGUCGCAACAUCUUGAUGAAUUAUAAUUCAAUUUUGUGUCUCAUAAACAUUUAAUUUGUUUAACAAACAACCUCUACAAAGUUAUCAUUCCUACUGCCUUUCGGCACCUCAUGAACCUGAAAAACUCGUAACUUUAUGUUUCCUGAGGCAAAUAUCUUCUUUCUACAAUAAACAAUUUCUUCACCAUUUUAACAAUCCUGCUACACUCACUAAUGCCCCAAGAAUGAAGUAAAGUUCAGGUGAUCUACGUCAUUAGGUAUUUUGCAUAUGUCAUGAACUAUAUAAGUAACAGAAACUUUGAAACCUACAAACACUUUUUGGAAUUUUGGAAAAAGAUUCAUGAUUGAAUGAAGGAACUUUCAUUAAUCUUGUAGAACAUGCGUAGAUUUGAUCUUCAGCAUCUAAAAAUAUUUGAAAUAGAAAGAACAACAAUAUCUUUUGGAGAAAUAAAUGUACCUACGUUAUAAGCAAAGGACCUGUGCGACAAUACCCAGGCUUUUUAGUCUGUUUAUUUAACACCGUAGUAACGUUUUCCAUAUAUAAAAAUGCUCACCCUUCCAACUUUAAGCGCCCAGUGGGAAGAGGGAUAGAAAGAGAAAGUCACAUGCUUGAGUACAUUUCAACCCAUGCGCAUUGCACACUUUUUUUCGCUUAAAAAAAACAGUGGAGCGAUACAGGGUCACCAUGGCCCUCUUGUUCAGCCUUAGUUUCAUAAUAGGUUCUAAAAUUAACAAGACAUCUUACCAACAAAAGUAAAAAACAAAAUUAAUUUGAAAUCAGUGGGGGAAAAAUUUUAAUCGUAAAGCUGCAGAUGUUUCUGUAGAUCAACUUGUACAUUAUGUGUGUCCUCCAAUAUUUGCUAGCUUGAUUAGUACCUAUACCAUUCGUACCUCGUACUUCAAAACAUAAAAACACAACAUAAAUGCUUUUCCAACUAUCUAAAUAUAUAUCAGUGAAAAAAUGUCUUCAUUAAAACCGAUCUGCUUUUAAUGCAUUUGUCUGUCUUUUGUUUGCUGAAGCUUUUUAAUAGAUUGUACCCAAGUACUGGUUGUUAUUCAAUUUAGAAACACGUUAUUUCUUGUCGCAUGGAAUUGAUAUUGUACAGCUAAUGACCUUAUCACUGUAUUUGAGAUUCUUUUGUUAUUAAAUUAUAUGAGCAUCA